CCUCCUCCUCGCCGCCUCGCCCUCGCCCUCCUGCCGGGGUCCAGGGCGCUGGGGUCAGGUCUCGGGAGGCGGCCGUGCUCGCGCCCUUCCGCCGAGGCCCAGCGAUGGACAGGAUGGAGGACCUGGGCCUCGGAUGCCCGCCCGAGCAGGACCUCCUGCCCUGCGUCUGCGACCUCAGGGCCAACCAGAUUUACGUCACAUGCGAGAACAGCGAGUUAGACAAGAUCGUCAAUUCCAUGGAAAUCCUCAUGAAAAUGGUCCAUAAGGUCGAAGAAUUAACCCUAAUGGGCAACCGCAUCCACCUGUUGCCGGGUAGGAUUUUUGGAUCUUUACAGGUCAACAAGCUCUUCCUGAUAAACAACGAGCUGAUGGGCAUCACCCGCAACGCAUUCGCCGGCCUCGAGUCAUCCCUGCAACACAUCUACAUCAAGGACCCGGGACUCUACGACAUCCCUUUUGACACCCUCGACAACCUGGCCAACCUGAGGACGUGCGUGCUGGAGGACACGGACAUCAUCGAGAUCCCGAGGUUGUACUCGCUCUCGAAGCUGGAGUUCUUGAAGAUCGACGGCUCGAGGGUGAGCUCCAUCCCGUCGGCGGCCUUCAGGUUCAUGCCGAACAUGAAGAAGGUGCACAUUUCGAACAGCCUUCUGAAGGAGGUCAAGGGGAAUGCGCUUGAGGGCCUGGUGUACCUGAAGGAGGUCAAUUUCUCCAAUAACAUCAUCGAGUGGAUUCACCCGCGGGCUUUCAGGACGCUCAACGCCGUCGAGCACCUGUCUCUCGCCGGGAACAGCCUGUCCGACGCGGGGAUGGCCGUCCUGGCAGCGAGGGAGAUGAGGGAGCUCAGGAUCCUGGACAUGAGCCGCAACAAAAUCGUCGAGCUCAAGAAGGGGACGUUCGUCGACAUGCCGAACAUCCGGACGAUCAACCUCAGCGAGAACCUGCUCUCGAAGAUCGACCACGGCGCCUUUUUCCGCCUUCCCUCCGUGCGGAAACUCGACAUCAGCGGCAACGCGAUCGGGGAAUUCCACGCCGAUAUCUUCACCGAGUCGUCCAACCUAGAGCACCUCAGCGUCGCGAGCAACAACCUCACAUUCGUCGCCGAAAUGAGGUACAUCGCUCGGUCCCUCCCGAAUCUACGGAGCCUGGACAUCAGUAACAAUCUUCUGAAAGUCGACCAUCCAAGGGCAUUCGAGGGCCACCCCAAGCUGGAGGCUCUGAAGGUCGACCACAACAAGAUUGAGAGGCUGCAGUCGGGGACCUUCAAAGGCCUCCCGAACCUGAGAGAACUGUACUUGAAUCACAACCUGAUCAGCAGUGACUACCGUGGACAGCUGUGGAACCUCCCCAAGCUCCGGGUACUCGACAUGUCUCACAACGAACUCCGAAAGAUCGACGUUUCGUUGCUCGAAGGUUUACCUCGCGUUGGCAGCGUGGAUCUCAGUUUCAACCUCAUCACCGACAUCAGCGCAGAAGCCUUCCUCGGCUCCCCGCAGGUGAAAAAUCUGAACGUGUCUUUCAACAGCAUAGGACUCUUGCCCGAAAGUGUCUUCCAGGUUCUCACAGAUCUGUUUGAACUGGAGAUGAGUUUUAAUGAGCUGACGGUUCUCCACAGCGGUCUCUUCAAGGGGCUGACCAAACUGGAAUACCUCCACGUCACCCACAACCAAAUCACCACCGUCGAACCAGGCACAUUCAGUGACACGGAGAGCCUGCAGUACCUUGACCUCUCCGCCAACUUCAUCCAAGAACUCCCUUCGGAGGCCCUGAGCAAACUCGCCUCCCUCAGAGUGCUGAAGCUCCACCGAAAUGCCAUCAACAAGGUCCAGGACAGCUACCUCUCGGGCCUCAAAGCCAUAGAGCACCUCGACCUCUCCAACAACCACAUCCAGACGUUCAAUCCGGCCGCCUUCACAGACAUGACCCACCUUCGGGACGUGGACCUCAGCGUCAACUACAUCCAGAGCCUCCACCCUGACAUGUUCUCCGCCACGAAGCUCUUAGAGAAGCUCAACAUCAGCCACAACUACAUAUCGAGCAUCGGCCACGAAGCUUUCGUUAACCUGAAGAAGCUCCGUAUCCUCGACCUCACCAACAACUCUCUCACCGAUCUGGGAGACGCUAUGAUCGACUUCCCGGACCUCCAGGCUCUCUUCCUCAGCGAAAACUACAUCAACAGCCUGAAGAACUUGUCCUUCGCCGGCCUGCCCAGCCUCAGCGUCCUGCACUUCAAGAACAACGGCCUGCAGACCUUUGAGACGACGGCCUUCUACGGUCUGAGAUCCCUCGUGUACCUCGACCUUCGAAACAACAAUCUGGUGGAGCUCAAUCCAGAGUCCUUCGUGGGCCUGACGUCGCUCCAGGAGAUGCAGAUCAGCAAGAACCAGAUUUCCGUCGUGAAGGACUUCUCCUUCUCGGAUCUCCCGGCGCUAAGGAGCCUAGAACUGCAGGAUAACGUGAUCACCGAGAUCGGAGGACGCGCUUUCUAUAACCUCCCGACCAUGAAGUUCCUCAACCUCAGUCGCAAUGGCCUUCAGGACGUUCCCGAAGACGCCCUCGGGAGGAUUCCGUCGCUCGAUGUCCUGGACCUGAGCUCGAACUUUAUCCUGGAGAUCAAGGAUUCCUCCUUCUAUCGCUUGGAGUGGCUCACCGUACUCAUGAUGCACGAUAACGACCUCUGCCGGAUGUCGCCCGGGGCCUUCGCCAGGCAGCGUGCCGGAUGUGUAGGAACGAAACGCACUAACCAGCUGAAGAGACUCCACCUCCACGCCCUCGGGAACACCAUCAAGGGCCUGUCGCUCCUGGAUAUGAGCGGCAACCCCUUCCGCUGUGACUGCGAGAUGGUGUGGCUCCGGGAGUACCUGGGAGAACCGCCCGAGCCAGGACGCGCCCAGAGAACCUCGAUCUUGGGUGACUCCCUCAAGGGCGUUCCCGUCUGCGCCUCCCCGACGAGUACAGGGGCGUCCCCAUCACGCAGGUGGGUCCCCGUGACAGCGUUCCUGUGCGGAGGGCGCCGAUCUCCUGACGAAGUGGACGACAUCUGUGUGCCGCGCUUCCUGGACCCCCUGCUCUUCACGGGGGGUAGUCCGGGAAGCCUCGACCCGGGGACCAUCAACACCCUCCUCCACCUCACCAACCUCUCCGACGCCAUCCCCAGGCGGACACGGGGCCCUCCUACCUCGACUACAGCAACCCCAUCCACGUCCCCAGCGCCCCGGGCCUCGUGGCUCUCUCCUCCGUCAUCGAGGAGACGACGUCCCCCUCGCCGUGCGCAGCAACCAGAGCGAACAGCUGUUGGCCUCAUCCAACAUCCACACAGUGACGGGUGA